ACCAGAAAAAGAAAAGAAAAAAAACAGCCAAACAAAUCUUCAGUGCUUGUCUGUUUCAGCAAAUCAGAGUGAAAGAUAAUGGACAAAGGGAACGCAAUCCCAAAGCCUAUCAAAGACAUAUGGGACCAAUGGAGUAUCCGAAGUACCUUAAUCUUCAGUCUCAGCCUUCAGACAUUUCUCAUUUUCGUAGCACCGCAAAGAAAACGCUCAUCCAAAAAGGUUUUACUCUCUCUCAUUUGGUCAGCUUACCUUCUUGCUGAUUGGUCAGCCAAUUUUGCAGCCGGGCAAAUCUCAGAUAGUCAAGGAGAUGAUCCAGAACCCGGGGAACCCAAAAAGAGCCCCGAGUUGUUCGCUUUCUGGGUUCCUUUCUUGCUCUUGCAUCUCGGUGGUCCGGAUACAAUCACUGCCCUUGCCCUUGAAGAUAACGAGCUCUGGCUCAGGCACUUGUUGGGUCUUUUCUUUCAGUCAGUUGCAACCGUUUACGUGCUUCUGCAAUCGUUACCCAAUGCUCUUUGGAAACCUAUAUUGCUUGUGUUUGCGACCGGGGUGAUCAAGUACGUCGAGAGGACAUUAGCUUUGUACCUGGCGAGUCUUGACAAGUUCAAGGAUUCCAUGAUUCAGCGGCCUGAUCCUGGACCAAACUACGCAAAGCUCAUGGAGGAAUUCGCAGCCAAGAAAGAUAUGAAGAUGCCUACACAGAUUAUCAAGAUUGGAGAGCCUGAGAAAGAUCCAAAAGCUGAUGCUGAUGUUAGGCCUAAGAUCCUCACGCCACUCAAUAUUCUCCAGUAUGGUUACAAGUACUUCAAUAUUUUCAAAGGUCUUGUUGUUGAUCUCAUCUUUACAUUUCAAGAACGAGCUGAGAGCAAAAGAUUCUUUAACUCUCUGGACGCAGAUGAAGCUUUAAGAAUCUUAGAGGUUGAGCUCAACUUUAUUUACGAAGCUCUAUACACGAAAGCCGAGAUCUUGCAUAACUGGAUAGGGUUCAUCUUCAGGUUCAUUGCCCUGGGAUGCCUCAUAGCAGCUCUACGCAUCUUUCAAUACAAGAACAAGAAAGAUUAUAGGGAAUUUGAUGUUGGCCUUACUUACGCAUUGCUGUUAGGAGGAAUAGCUCUGGAUUGCAUCGCUCUAAUCAUGUUCUGUGCAUCUGACUGGACGUUUGUCAGAUUGAGGAAGAUGAAGGAUGAGGUGGACGAUAAAGACACCUUGUCCGACGACAUUCUUAACUGGAUUCUUAACAGGAUUCUUGGGGUUCGGGAGUUGAAGACAGAGGAGUAUGGUAAAUGCUACAAGAAAACACUGUCAGAUGAAGUGCCAAACACGAGUACCAAGAAAACAGAGUCUCCUGAAGGAGCUGGCAAGAUUACUUACAAAACACCAGGUCAUGAAGAGCCUGAAAAGAGUAAAGAGAAAACAACAUCUCAUGAAAUUCUUGACAGCAGCAAAACACCGUGUCAUCAAGUACUUGAUACGAGUUUCAUAUAUCGCAGGUGGUCUGAGUAUGUACAUGCACACAACCUGAUUGAAUACUGCUUAUGUUUAAAACCGAAGCGAAUCCACCAUACCAAGGGUGUGAUACACCUCGCCUUUGACUGGCUUAUCAACAUCCUUUACAUUGAAUCCACAUUCAGAAACAUUCUGGGUGCCAUUGCAUUCUGCUUUAAAGCCAUAAAACAGACAGGUCAUCAGAUUUUCAAGUGGAUUGAUGGUAACAUAAGUCGUGGGUGCAAGAAAUAUAAGAAGCUGAAUGAAGAGUACAUUAGGCUGUGCUUCUUCUGCAUAUUUUACAUUCCUAGUCUGCCUGGACGUGCAAUAAAAAGUUUUAUGGACUUCUUUGGCAUCCAAGCUCAGCUCGAUGAGGUGAUCUAUACAACCAGUGAUCGUCUCACCCUGGAUCUGUGGGAACACAUAUUCGGGGAGGUGAAAGCCAAAUCCCGUUUUGCUGACGACUCGGAAAGUGCCAUGAGGGUAUCUUCAGCUAGAGGUGACUGGACUCUACGCGACAUACAAGGUAACACAGAAACAGAAAAAAAACGAGAGAAACUUCUACGCUAUGUGAUGGAGAUGGAUUAUGAUCAGAGCCUUCUGGUGUGGCAUAUUGCCACUGAGCUCUUAUACCAAACAGACAAAACAAAAGAAAUUAGUGAAGCGUAUCAUAGCGCUCGUGAGUUCAGUAAAAUCCUAUCAGACUACAUGAUUUACCUCCUAAUGAUGCAACCCACUCUGAUGUCAGCUGUUGUGGGUAUUGGAAAGAUAAGAUUCAGAGACACGUGCGAAGAGGCUCAGAGGUUCUUCGAGAGGAGGCAUAUCCCCGACAACUCUACGAAGAAGGAAGACAUUUUAAAGGUAGCCAGCAAUGCGAUUUUAUCAGUGGCGGUUCCAGCAAAAGCUGAGCCUAUUGACGUGAAAGGUGACCGAAGCAAGUCAGUCCUGUUUGAUGGGGCCAUGCUAGCCGAAGAGCUUAAGGGUUUAAGCAAGAACAAGGAGGACGACACAGAGAUGUGGAUAAUAGUGAGCAAAGUGUGGGUUGAGUUGCUUUCUUAUGCAGCGACAAAGUGUGGCGCUAUAGAACACGCAGCUCAGCUAAGCAAAGGAGGAGAACUCAUCAGCUUUGUGUGGCUAUUGAUGGCUCACUUUGGAUUAGGAGACCAAUUCCAGAUCAACCAAGGAGAUGCCAGAGCCAAACUGAUUAUAGGCAAGUGAUCAUCAUGGAAUAAGCAACAUUAGGUUCCCCCAUUUGCUUCCGUUGUGCUUGUUUUUCUUUCAAAGAGUGUCUUGAACUGUUUGCAGCUUACAUAUCACCUAUCUGUUCUUUAAUCAUCUGUAACUCUUAUCCUUCUUCUGCCACUGCUACGUUCAAAUACCCAAGCUUGGUUGAUUCUA